GCGGGAUUCACAGCCCACGAAGUGCUGCUGCGUAGGGCAGAAGACGGACCGAUCGCGCUGGUGCCGCAGCUCCCCGCGCUUCUCCCUCCCGCUGCCCCUCUCAACCUCCAAGCUAUUCCCCCUGUCCCGUACUAAAUGGCUCCUUUCUUCUCCUACACCACCCUCCCCUACCAGCUCACGGCGGGCCCUUACCCUAUGCGAGAGUUCUCGGAGUACCUGUUGGAGCUAACUGACGUGGAGCCGCUGCCCUUCGCCGACGAGGACGCAUGGGAGUUGCACCGUGCGCUGUACAAGUCGGUGGCGCAAGGGAUAUUCCGGUUCUUCGUGGAUCACGAAGACCACGCUACCGGUGAGCACUUCGUCGUUUACUUCGUCAUCUCGCGACCCAAGCUAGCGGAGAAGGAAGGGAUGGUCGCACUGUACCCAUUCGCCCAGCUCCAGACGAUUGAUCCGGGAUUUUUGGAGCUCAUACAUCUUGAGCUCCUCUCCAUCGCGCAAGUGAUCGCGAGCGAGGAGGAGGAGAUCCAACCGCGACUGCGGACGGCGACGGCCCCGCGGAGAACGUACAACGCGGUCGUCAUCCCGGAUUACAUUGCGCAGUGCGCGGAGAGAUUGGACGACUUCCCGGAGGAAAGGCCGUUGCGUCCUCCCUCAUCGUACUCUCGGCCAGCGCCACCGAAGGCCCCCAAGAAGACGCCGAAGAGGAAGAGACGCCACCCGUUGCCAGAAGCGCAAGGCAGUAGGAUCGGCGGCGGCGAGGAAGUGAUUCAGCCCGCGCGCGCGGCGACGCUCGUUAAGGAGACUAUCCUGCCAUCACCGCCCGUUCCGCGUGUGCCCGACCUCAAUCUUGAUGGAGUCGGGCUAUCAUCAACAGCAGCAGCCGGAGGAGGAAGCCGAAUGGGAUUUCCGGAUCCCAUAUCCAGACCCCCCCGGUUCUCCGUUCUCGUCUUGCAUGCACUCUCCCGUCGUUUGCGUGUUCCUUCCCCUUCGAAUGGCGACAAGCUAGGUGCGUUGUCUUCCAAGAGCACUGAAAGGCCCAGUUGAUUGGUCUCUGCAUUCGUGCUGCGGGUUAGUUGUAUAGCCGUACGAGGGGGCGCGGGGGGCCAGGUAGGCGUGCAUUUUGCACCGCUGCCCCCCCCCCCUCGUUUCGUGAGUUGAAGUCUGUCCCUCGUGCCGUCGGUAGAUUCGCAUGGUGUUGGUUUCCUAGUCGGACUGCCCUUGCAAUUGAUUGAUUUUGUGGCACUUUGUAUAAUCACCAGCUCCUGUUCGGAGUGUGUAAUUGAGAGCUUCCCGACCAUCUCCUCUCUUUUUUGUCUCGAUUGCUAUUCUACAUGCAUAAUCGCCUCGGAUGGCUUGCUGUCCCACCCAGGGGUUCUUCCUCUCCUUCUUCUUGCUCGUAUGCAUGGAUGCACAGCGAUUGGCCUUCUUCCGCGUAUCCCGACCCACUCCUCGUUGUGUUGGUUGCUGUUUCAGGGGUGUCUCCUUCGGUGGCUAUUUCAAGGGGGGGGGUCUUCUUUUUCUUCUUCUUCUUCUUCUUCUUCUUCUUCUUCUUCUUCUUCUUCUUCUUCGUUGCCAUUGCUGUUCUUCUCGUCUUUGUGUUUGGUUGUUUUUGUUGCUGUUCUGUUUAGGAAAACUCUCGACCGGGGAGCUGUGUUUUCAAUCUAAUUUCGUCUCACCUUUCUGGUCUUCUUCCCUUGAAGCCCUUUCAUCCCAUUCCUCUAGUAUUUGAGUCCUGCCUGCUUUGAUAGUGUUCUGUGGGUCAUGUUAUUUUCAUGGACUCUUCUGUGGGAUGUCUGCACAAAAAGAAGAAAAAGGUGAUGAUGAUGAUGAUGAUGAAGAAGAAGAAGAAGAAGAAGAAGAAGAAGAAGAACAAGAACAAGAAGAAUGAAAAUUGUACAUGCGU